AUGAUCCACGGGAAGCGCGCUGUCGUGUUCCUAGCACUGGCAGCCCUUUUUACCAUUCUUGUCUACUUCAAAUCAGCCACCGCUUCAUUGACCGUCAGGUCGUUACGGACCGCUGUCCCACAGGUUGUCGGUCUGGGUGACUACUUUGACCAUGAGCAGCAAUAUGGCCUGGAAGGUUCAUUGUCUCAUCCACCACCCGACCAUCCACACAUGUACUCCAACACCUCCCAUCCUCAGCCUGAUGCCACUGGCUUUGACCCGAGCACCAUCAGCAUCACGCCAGUGGGCAGACCCGCCCGAGAAUUUACGCGCAACCUCAUCAUGGCGCGCAUGAAGGCGGACAACGUGACGUGGCUCGACGACAACAGUCUCGGCCCAGAAAUCACCAAGGUGAUCUACGUUGCCGACGACCCCAAAGCUCUGCAUCACCCUCCAAAGAACAAGGGCCACGAAGUCAUGACCUACCUGACGUACAUCAUAGAGUUUUACGAAAACCUACCGGACGUCAGCAUCUUCAUGCACAGCCAUCAAUUCGCUUGGCACAAUAACGACCUCCUCAACUUCGACGCCGCCGAGAUGAUCAAACGCCUCUCCUCGGAACGCGUCCUCCGCAACGGUUACAUGAACAUGCGUUGCCACUGGAUGCCAGGGUGUCCUGAGUGGAUCCACCCCGGAGAGGUCGAGCCCGACCAGGAAAAGCUCGAACAAUCGAUGAUCGCCGAGGCGUGGGCAGAGCUUUUCCCCGGAAAGUCCAUCCCACAGGUUCUGGCGCAACCGUGCUGCUCACAAUUUGCGCUGAGCCGGGACCGCAUCCUCUCGAUCCCAAAAGAGACAUACGACCACUACCGGAGGUGGCUCCUCCGCUCACCCAUUCGCGACACCAUGUCCGGCCGCAUCUUCGAGUACAUCUGGCAGGUCAUCUUCGCCGACUCGCCCAUAUUUUGCCCCAACCAGCGCUCCUGCUACUGCGAUGGGUUCGGCGUGUGUUUCGAGGACGAGGCCUCCUUCGACAAAUGGUUCGAGCUGCGCUUCCACAAACGCGAGGCCGAGGCUCGGUUGGCCGAGUGGGAGGAUAAGGCGGCCAAGAUCGAGGCGUAUCGCGUACAUCACGACGGUGGCGGGAGCGGAAGUGAAGACGGCGACAGUAGCUGGAGCCAGGCUCUCGAGGGCGCAAAGAACAUUGAGAUUCCCGAACCGGGUCAAGACGAAGAGCUUCGCACGACAAUCCGAGAACUCGACGCGGAUCUCGAAUAUCGUCGUCUCCUGGCCAUGCAGCGGGGCACGGAUCCCCGGAUCCGCGCUGAGAGUGAUGGUAGGCAGUGGAAUGAGGGUGAUGGUUUUUGA